AGCUCUGACUGUUUUGCAGAAAGGAGGGGGUACUUACUGGGUAUUCGUGCCUGCUCGGAGCGGUUGCCUCUGAGAAACUCCAAGCUGGAAUUUAUUUCAGCUCCUUAAAGAGAUCGACCACCGAGGAGUUUAGCUGUAACGCUUUGGAGCGCUAUAGGUUCCUCCAUGCAGCACAUUUGACCUGCACUGGCCAUUAGCAUUGGAGGAACCUCAAGAGGAAUGCAACUUGUCACUGGAGCUAUUUUGGCUAUGUGCAACCGUUUUGUAAUCACAGUUUGGGACUCAGAACAGUUGUGUUGUUCGUCUUGUGAUUAUUCUUUUUUAUAAGUUUUUUUUUUAUUGCAAUUAGCAAUUUUUUUUUUCCACAAUGCAUGUUUGGGAUUAGGGGGUCAAGCUGAAUGGCACGCCGCCUGCGCCUGCAUUUUGCUUCGAGGAGAAGCAACACUGAUCCUCUGUCUGAAAGCUGCAGCCAUGAGGUAGAGGACGGGCUUGGGACACCUGCUCGGAGCCCUGCAGAGCCCCUGCCUCACCCCAACUCAUUUCAUAUGAAAGUGACUCCGGGGCAGUUGGCUCUCGGUCUGCCGCCUCUGUCACCAGACUAUGGUAGUCUGCAACGCCAUACCACUGUAUUUGUGCCCAAGGUGAACAGCAGCGGCGGAAACAGGAAGAGCACGCUGCAGAUUUCCUUGCAGUCUUCAAACAGGCAAAAUUUGGAUGGAGAAUGUUGCAGCGUUGGAGGAGAGGAACCCGAUUCUGGGAUUGGUGACGGAAGUGCUGGAGGCAGCUCUGACGGAGGAUCGUGCAGCAGCAGCAUGGCCAGCGAUGUGGGCUACUGCAGCAGCAACAGCAUAUUCGAUCCGGAUGUCACUGAGCGCAAGAUAGCCCAUGAAAAAGGCACAUGUCUUCGGAGGACCAAGGCUCCGUUGCGUCGCUGCUCCUCGUUGGUCAUUUUUCCACAUAGUCCCUGCACCACACCACCGGCUUCACCCAUUAGUCCAGUGGCGACUCCUUUGCUUCCACUGUCUGCCCGUGGGCCUUUUCAGACCUCACACCAGCUGCAGCUGUCCCCAACAGAUGCAUCUCCGGACGAGCCCAAGAUCUCGGUUGCCUCGGCGGUGAACGGCGUGAGACUUUCCAAGAGCAGCUGUCAGCCAGAGGUUCGGGAUGCCAAGCCUAUCCUGCAUUUUAGCAUUUCAACUGACUCGACGAUAAGAUCUGAACAAUCUGAGAGGCACUCCAGUGUCCUGGCACACUCCGCAACCCAGCCCCCGCUUCCACCUGGUAAAGGAAGCGCGGCAAGAACUGUGGUCAACUUUGACUGCUCUAAAUCCUCGGACAAGCCCGAGGAGGCAAAUGCUAAACUGUGUCGUAGCACCUCAGCCUGCCUGCUUCCGACGGGGAAGUUAGCGACAGAGAAAAGACACCACACAUGUCCGACAAUGGGUAAAUCGCAGGAAAUUGCUUUUCACCCGGGCUUGCAGAGGAGCAUUUCCCUCGAGGUGCCUUACUUGAACUCUGGAAUAUCAUGUCAUAUGUCAAACGCAAAGCAGCUCAGCUGCUCGAACGGAGCGGCACAUGUGCAUAUACACGUGUCUCGGGGGAAUGGCGUAAAAACGCUGGAUUCGACAAAGUACACCAGCGCCAGUGAUAAAAACGAAGAGACUCUUAUAAACUCUGGGACGCGUGAUGACUUCCUGGGUCAGGUGGACGUUCCUCUGCAUCAGAUCCCAACAGAAGCUCUGGGCAGCGAGAGACCGUACACAUUUAAAGACUUUCUGCUCCAUCCAAGAAGCCACAAGUCCAGAGUGAAAGGUCACCUGAGGUUAAAGAUGACCUACCUGCCCAAGAACAACGGUUCAGAGGAGGAGCAGACGGAGCAGGUUGAGGAAGUGGACCCCGGGUGGGAGUUCCUGGAGAGUCAGGACGUGUGCGGGCCGUGCCAACCUCACCAGCUGCCCACGCUGCCCCCUGGCUGGGAGGAGAGGCAGGACAACCUCGGGAGAACCUACUACGUCAACCACGAGAACCGAACCACACAGUGGCACAGACCCACUAUACAGGACGUGCAGAGAGAGGCAGAGCAGAUACAGAGCACACACGUCCAGCUUCCCUUCAUCACACGGCGACAAAUCUCUGACCACGAUGAGAGCAAUGAGCACAGAGAGUCGCCUGAUAGCUGGGAGAUCAUCACUGAGGAUGAAGGCACUCUGUACAGCAGUCAGAAUCAGGUCUCUCCUCCUCCUCCGCACUCACCGCUGGAUUAUACUGCUUUCUCUGAGGACUUCUGCAGGUUACAGACGGGCAGCGAGAGACGCACCUCUGUCCCAGGUCAUGGCAGUCGGAGAGGAAGCGCACCUCUGCUGACAGUAGAGGAACAUCCAGUUCAUCCUGUGAUGUUGCCCACGACCCCUGGUUUGCCCCCUGGCUGGGAGGAGAAGCAGGACAGUAAAGGAAGAGUUUAUUAUAUCAACCACAAGAGCAGAAUCACCACCUGGACCCGCCUCGUCCAGCUGAUCCAGCCUGCUGAAGGAGCCGCCUCGUCUCCAGGAGGAGGAAUGUGUGCUCGUUCUCCGAGCCCCACUGUGUACGCCCCACCCCAAGCCUCGCCCCUGAACUCGCCCCUGCACUCACCCGGCCCACAGCACACACACGCCUUCGACUUCUCCGGCUCCAUGCCUCUGGGCUGGGAGGUACGCAGCGCCCCCAACGGACGACCGUUCUUCAUUGACCACAACACCAAGAGCACCACAUGGGAAGACCCCAGGUUAAGGAUUCCUGUUCACAUGAGGAAACAAGGCUCGCUCGACCCCAGCGACCUUGGGCCACUGCCGCCUGGCUGGGAGGAGAGAGUUCAUAGUGAUGGAAGAAUCUUCUACAUCGAUCACAACACUAAAACAACACAGUGGGAAGAUCCGAGACUACAGAACUCCGCCAUCACCGGACCAGCCGUGCCUUACUCCAGAGACUACAAGCAGAAGUACGAGUAUUUCCGCAAAAAGCUCAAGAAACCAGGAGACAUCCCGAACCGCUUCGAGAUGUCCGUGAGACGGAACGCUCUCCUGGAGGACUCGUACCGCCGCAUCCUGUCCAUCAAGCGAGCCGACCUCCUGAAGGCCCGCCUCUGGGUGGAGUUUGCAGGAGAGAGGGGGCUGGACUACGGCGGUGUGGCCCGAGAGUGGUUCUUCCUCAUCUCCAAGGAGAUGUUUAACCCUUAUUAUGGGCUGUUUGAGUACUCUGCUUUGGACAACUUCACGCUGCAGAUCAACCCCAACUCGGGCCUCUGCAACGAGGACCAUCUGUCCUACUUCAAGUUCAUCGGGCGCGUGGCGGGGAUGGCCGUCUACCACGGCAAGCUGCUGGACGCAUUUUUCAUUCGACCGUUUUAUAAGAUGAUGCUCCAGAAGCCAAUCACAUUACAGGACAUGGAGUCUGUGGACAGCGAAUACUUUAACUCGUUGAAAUGGAUCCUGGAGAAUGACCCGACUGACCUUGACCUCCGCUUCACUAUCGAUGAGGAGCUCUUCGGACAGACGCAUCAACAUGAGUUGAAGCCGGGGGGAGCCGACAUCAUCGUUACCGACUCCAACAAAAAAGAGUACAUCCACCUCGUGAUGCAGUGGAGAUUUGUGAACCGAGUUCAGAAGCAAAUGUCUGCCUUCAAGGAGGGCUUCUACGAGCUCAUCCCUCAGGACCUGAUUAAGAUCUUCGACGAGAACGAACUGGAGUUACUGAUGUGUGGUCUGGGUGACGUGGAUGUUAACGACUGGAGAGAAAACACCAAGUAUAAGAACGGAUACGGGCCGAACCAACCCGUCAUCCAGUGGUUCUGGAAGGUUGUGCUGCUGAUGGAUGCUGAGAAGCGAAUCAGAUUGCUGCAGUUUGUGACGGGAACGUCUCGUGUACCAAUGAACGGUUUCGCUGAGCUCUACGGGUCGAAUGGGCCGCAGUUGUUCACCAUCGAGCAGUGGGGAACCCGAGAGAAACUGCCCCGUGCUCAUACAUGCUUCAACCGCCUGGAUCUGCCGCCGUACGAGUCGUUCGAGGAGCUCCGUGAGAAGCUGAACAUCGCCAUCGAGAACACUCAGGGCUUCGACGGAGUCGACUAGACGCCCACGCCGGCGAUGUUACCAUGGAGAUAUGAGACGCCGAGGGCGUAGCGGGCGUCCGAGGCACGUCUGGUGCUCGCGUCUCAGCGGCCAUGACACGUCUCCGGUCGGCUCACCGAGGAGGCCAGAUCUACAGAAAACCCACAUUAUUAUUAUCAUUAUUAUUAUUAUUAUUAUUCAUCACUAUCACUGCUGUGCGUCACGUGCUCACGGCUUCACACCACGUUUACACACGUAAACGGCGUAUAUACCCGCGCAGACUCCGCAAGCACACGUGAUACAGGUUUAUAUCGCACAAUCGCGUACGCUUCGUUUUCACCACGUGUUCACCGUUUUGUUGUUUUUAUAAGCAGCCUGUAGAACGCAGCGUAUCUUCAGCUGUGGUUUUAAACGCGUGAGUUCGCAGUGAUGCUCUUCAGCAGUGUUUUUGGAUGAAGUGUUCGCACGCAGGUCUCCGUCUCAGGGGUUUUGGUGGCAGUAUUCGCUCUCGGCGUUCGGCUCUUCGUCUUAUGUUUGUUUUUCUCGAAUUUGUUCCUUUCGCUCACGAGGCGAGUUUUUAUUUUUUUUAUUAAGUUUUCCGCCGACUCGCUUCAGGGAACGCGAAGGUCUCGAAUCUUUUCUCUGCAUAUCGAAUUUUCUACUUUGAACACCCUCAGGGGGUCUUUUUUCUAACAGCUGGUUUAGUCUUAAUCCGCACCGGGUCUCGGCUUCUCACAUACACCAUAUGGGCAAAAGUUUGUGGACACCUGACGAUAAGAUUGGUAUGUUUUGAACUUCCCGUUCCUGUUCCCGUUUCCUGUUAUAGUACCUGUCACUGUUCUGGGAAGAUGUUCCACUAGAUUUUGUGGAGAUUUGUGAGUUGAGCGCCCUCUACAGGGGUUAGAACUCUAUGGCAAGACAUCUUCUACAUCUUCCAAACUCAUAUAAAGGAGACUCAAGCACAGGAAGGGAAAAUAUUUCACGCAGACGUCUGAAACGAUCGUGUCUGGUGAGAGUUUAAACCACGAACACAUUCGGCUGAAAGAGUCGGGUGUCCCAAUACUUUUGGACAUUGUGUGUACACGUUUACAUGCCGAGCGUAAGCACUUUCUCUUUCUCAGUACAGAGUUUAGAUCAGACUGUUAAACUUCGGUGCCCUCAUCAGCUGUUUCCUCGUCGAUUCCGUGUUGAAACGAAUUUGUUUCUUGUUCUCCUUUUUUUCCUGACCCUCAUUAUGGGAAUAUUCGCCCCCUUUAUUCAGAGGAGCAAAAAUGUUUCUAGCACUAGUACAAAGUUACUAAAGGACCAGGAGGUAAAACAAAUAAAAUGAUCAAUAAAUAAAUAUGAAUUUCCAAAUAUUAUUUUUUCGAUUUUAAUAAAUAAACAGAUAUAUUUUAAAAAAUGAGUAAUUGAGUAAUUAAUAAAUUCAGUAAUACGUACACAUUUUCCCUCUUUAAUAUAUGGAUUGUUUAUUUAUUUGUUUUUUUUUCCUGUUCCUCUGAUCCACAAUUUUCAAUAUAGGGCGAUUGAAAUGUGUAUUAUUAAAUGAAAACCUGCCUUUUAAUCUGGAAUAUGAAUCAUAAUGGUUUAAUCUGGUUAUGUGCCAGUGUUCUUGGCAACAUAUUGUUUAUUUGGGGGGGAAACAAAUAAAGAGAAAUGGAAAUA